GCGCGUUCUACGUCUCUCGCGUUACAUCAGUUAGAAGUUUGCUGUACAGUUCAUAUUACUUGUUGGCUUACCUGAAGGACGCUACCGAAUAAGCAGCAGUAUAAAAGUAGAUUCUGGGUCAUAAAACAAAAUGGAACUUUGUACCAAUCCUAGUUUAGUAAUCCCAUAUGGAUCUCAUUCUUCAGGACAGUGUGGUUAUUGUAAAAAUAGUUCUGACGACAAAAAGACUAAUUGGGGUAUGAUGGCUGAACGACUUACUGUUUCAGAUUAUCAAUAUAUGAUCGAUCGAGGAUGGCGUCGAUCAGGUACUUACUGUUAUAAACCUUUAAAUGAUAUUACUUGUUGUCCAUCAUAUACUAUUCGAUGUGAUGCAUUACAUUUCCAUUUAAAGAAAUCACAUAAAAGAGUGUUGAAAAAUAUGUACAAUUUUUUAAAGUUUGGACAGUUACCUCAUGAAAAAACAUCUCAUCAAAAAGAGGAUCUUAAUAAUCUUAGAACGGAUGAUCAUCGUAUGUUUGUUCCUGAGGAAAAAUCGAUGCCUGUUUUGUCAUUUAAAAAUGUCGCCGCAGUUCAACAAAAUGAAGAGAAAACUAAAAGCCAAACAAAUAUAUAUCAAACAGAUUGUUUCGGCGAUAAAAUAUCAUCAUCAACAGAAAACGCCCCUAGUACACCACAUUAUACAUUAAAUACAUCAAAUGAUAGUAAUAAUAAUAAUGUGGAAUUUCAAAGUAUUCAUUCAGGUGAUAAAAUUCAAAGUUCAUCGUCGCAUGGAAGUCACAAAAUGAAAGCUCAUCUUCGUCGUUGGAUAGCUAAACAAGAACAUUUACGUCAUAGAAGCCUAAAAGAAAAUCGUUCAUUUAAAAUUUUACUUCAGGAGUACUAUGAAAGACGUCAGAAACGUCUAGAUAAAAAUAAACCAAAGCAAGUCGAAGAUUUUCUACAAUCUGAACCAAACAAAGGAGAAGGAAAGCACUUUAUCGAAAUUCGUUUAAUACGCACAUCUUCACCAACAGAUAUCGAUUAUGAAUCUCGUAUAAAAUUAUCUCAUAGAAUUUAUGAACAAUAUCAAAUUCAUAUACAUAAAGAUGAGAAAGAAGAUUGUACUUGGGAGAAAUUUCAACGUUUCUUAGUUAAAUCUCCAUUAGUAUUGGACGAUUUUGAAUGGAAUUCAACUUCACCAAUGUUUGGUUCUUAUCAUCAACAAUAUUGGCUUGAUGGUGAAAAAUUAAUUGCUGUCGGUGUUAUCGAUCUACUUCCACGAUGUCUUUCAUCUGUUUAUGUUUUCUAUGAUCCGAACUAUUCAUUUCUUCAUCUUGGUACAUAUACUGCUUUACGUGAAAUUGCAUUUGUUCGUUAUUUAUCUAAUACUUAUGGUUUAAAUUCAAUUCAAUCCGAUGUAUUAUAUCAAAAUUUUAAUUCAUAUUAUAUGGGUUAUUAUAUUCAUUCAUGUUGUAAAAUGUCAUAUAAAUCACAAUAUGGUCCUGCUUAUUUAGCAUGUUCUGAAACCUAUAAUUGGAUACCUAUUAAUCAUUGUAUACAAUUAUUAAAUCAAUUAAAAUUAAAUAAUCAUUAUACAAGAUUUUCAUCUCUAUCUUCAAUUGAUAUAAAUUCAAUUCCUGUUACUAUGGAUAUAGAUACAUUAGAUUCACAUAUUUAUUUUUAUAUAAAGUACAAUGAUAAUACAUUGUCGUCGUCGUCAUCGUCGAAAACAAUCAGCAGUAAAGAAGAUUUCAUGAAUCAUACACCAGUAUCUCUUUAUAAUUUACGUUCAUAUUUAAAUAAACAAGUUAUUCCUAUAUUUCGUGAAUGGGCUAAAUUAUUAGGUAAACGUGUAUUAUCUGGACAUUUUCAAAUUAUUAUACAUUCGAAUUAAUAAUAAUAAUAUGGUGAUGAUGAUGAUGAUGAUAAUGGUUACCAUGGUGAUCACAACUAAUGUGAAGAAUAAAUAGACAAUAAUACUUGGUAAGGAUUAUGUUUGAUAAUUAUUUAUUUAUUUAUUAUUAUUAUUGUUGCUACUUAAUUAAUAUUUUUUUACCGCUGAACUGAUGUCAUUUCCCCACGCCACGCCGCCCUACCCCCCGAAAAAAAUAACGAUCAUCAUUAUUCAUGAAAAAAGAAACCAGGCAUUUUUGGCAAUAUGAUUGUUAUUGUGUUUCAUUUUAAUGAAUCAUUUACAGAAGUGUAAAUGAUAUUGUAGUGUAUACUACUAAUAUCGAUAGAUAUAAGUAGUAGGUAUCAUCAAUAGACAGUGAAAUACUUGAUGGCAGAUGGUUAAGAAGAAAACGAGAACAGAGAAUGAUUGAUAUGGAAAUGAAGUUUGAGACGAUUAAUUGACAUUUUACAAAUAAAGUAUUUAUUGUAUGGUUCUUAGAUUCUGUAAUUUUAUAUUCAAAUACAUUUGGUUGUUCCUAUUUGUGUUCUCGUUCAUUACAAUAGAAGUAUUUACAGUACGAAAUUGUUUUGAAUGUUAUACGUGAUUAUUCAAUGGUGAAACACACUAAAUAAAUAAUUAAUUUAACAUAUGUACUAUCUCUUUUUUACGAUAUACGACUAAAUAAAUCCGUUGGUGGAUACGGAAGAUUCUUACGUUAUUUAUUUAUUUAUUUUAACACUUAGAUAUUGGUACAAGGGGGCAUCAAAUAAAUAUGCGCCACAUAAAUCAUUCGAUUUGUGUGAGUACUGGGAUACUGCCCGGGUGCCCAAACCGAAGCAGGCAGUUUUCUUAGGGGACCACUCUCCGAGCCUUCGGCCUGAAGGUCUGAUCCACAAGGCAGUGGAGCAUCGUAAGGAGAUGCAGUUCCAUGGAAGCCGAUGACCAACAAUUAGUUCAUACACCAUUUGUUCCCUCGGGAUACUGGAGCCCGUGUGCACCAUUGGUUUAGAAUCCGGUUAAAGCACCGGACAUUCGCUUUUCAUCCUCUCAUUUUCGUAAACAACACCCGUGGUGCGAGAAGGCAGUGAGUAGGACUUCCCUGGCAGAGGUUGUAUAGGCAUGGCCGUGUGAGAGCAUUUCGAGAGGGAGGGCGGGCCCACCCCACUCUCGGCCGUUCCAGGGCAUUUGGGGCAUUGCAUAUUUUGUACGCUGCCAACUAAAAACAUGAAUAAAACUGCAUUUUCUGUGAACAAACAUUUGUAAAUUUUCCAUGCUAAUCAGUUGCGUGUGUGUGUCGUCAAAACGGCGUAUACAUAGUGAUUAUUGUACAUCAUGUAUUAACAUAAUGCCAUUAACCUAUUAAGAAUUUAAUAGUGCACUUUUUCACUACUUAGUGACUCACUAACUGCCUAAUAUGGCAGCUGGUUCAAACAUACUGAGUGUGGGACAACGUAUAUUAUUAUUCACAAACAUCUUAUGGGUACAUAAGUGUUGUGAAGAAACCAUUUCGUGUUUCUACAAAAAUGCAAUAAUACACAAGUUUCAAUAACGUUAGCAUUAUAUCUUAAAUGUCAAGUUGAUAAAAGGUUCCCGGAGGAGUAUCUGGACCGAGGUUACGAAUCGGUCGGGAUUUAUGAGCGAGUAGUUACUAAGUUCUGUACAAAAUUUCUGUAUAUGUACUUCGUCAGAGGUACUACAAAUGAUGAACGAUUUCUAGAAGAUUUACGCCUAGAUCACUUUGAAAUCAAGAUAAAAGAAUUACUCGAUAUCAUAUGACUUGUUUAACAAACCAGCCGAAGUGUGUGCAAUUAUUUGUGACGACGAUCAAACCUGAAAAGGUAACUAGUCGGAAUAGGGCCACUAGGAUGAGCGUAGUUGGGGCUUUGGGAAUCAGUGUAUAGGACUCAUGAAGAAAAUAGAUCGCAAAAUGUCUAGAUACCUUAGGUUAAUUACACUUCAGUUGAGGAAGUAGUCAUAUAAUGGAAUUUCCGCUAAAAAUAUUACCUGCUGACAUGCUUUGAAAAUAGAUUGUUGUAAAUGGUAUCCUACUCACAUAGUAAUGUAUAUAUGGUCCCUGUUUUGGGGUCGAAACACCGAAAAGCCUUAGUAUAUUUACUCCAAAAGAUUGGUCCAUCUGGAAAGCUUUAUUAAAUGUUGUGAUUAUAUAUUUGAUGAACUGCUUCAGGUGUAGGUUGAACAAUUACGUACACCUAGAAAGACCGCCACCUUAUCAAUGGAUGGUUGGAAAUUUAGUGUUUAGAAACAAGCUCCUGAGAACGAACGAAUAACUGGGUUGGACACCAAAUACAUAUUUGAAUGGGUUUUGUGGAGAGUUUUAGAAAUUUCACAGGUUGAAAUCAUGAGUCAGUUGAAGCUAGACCACCAUUAAAAACUGAAGACAAUGGUGUACGGUGGCGCAACUUCGUGGAUUGGUUGAAGUUAGAC